UUCAGCAAAACAAAAACCGAUUCCCAAAACCCUAAUCCCCAAAACCCAACAUCAAUGGCCGACGUCAAAGCCGUUGAUGAAGGAGGCGAAUUCCCCGAGAAACGCACGCUUGAUCCCCCAAAUUCCAUAAACAAAGCCCUAGACGAUUCGAGUAAGAGGCAGAAAAUUGAAGUUCCCACCAGCAAAAAUGGCUCCGUUCCACUCGUCGCUGAUGAUGCAGCGAAAUCGGAGGAGCAUGUAAAUGCCGUUGUUGCUGCUGCGGAGGAAGACGAGGAAGAUGAUGAAGACGAGGAAGACUAUACUGCCGAGCAAGACGAGGAUGCAGACGAGGAUGCAAACGGGGAAGCCAGCAGAAAAGGGAAGGGGAUCGUGGUGGACAGGAAAGGGAAGGGCAAAAUGAUUGAAGACUCCGACAACGAUGAUUCUGAUGGCCAUGUAGAUGAUGAUGACGACUCGAGUGAUGAUUCCGACAGUGAUUUCUCCGAUGGACUUGAUGAGAGUGAUCUGGAGGAUGACCCGCUUGCUGAGGUUGAUUUGGACAACAUUUUGCCGUCAAGGACUAGGCGGAGUCGAGCGCAACCUGGGGUCCGAUUUUCUAAUGAUCCUGGCAAGGGAAAAGAAGGUUGUUAUUGCAGCUCUUGUUUAAGGAAAACAUCUGAGAAUGUUGCCAUGGAAAAUUACACACCUAGGAGGCUAGGACUUCUGAGAUAAAUUGAGGACAGGGAUGGACUACAUUUUUGGAUUUAUUUCUACAAUUUAUACUUGAUGCAGCUUUCAAGUGGAAGGAUCCUGGUUGCUUUCUCUGCUUGGCGUCUAGGGCUUAGAUUCUUCAACGAUAUAAACUUAUUUUGGCUCUGAUUCAUGAUAUGAUCGUCAGUGCUUGGUGUUGAAAAAGGUUCUCAUCUUCUGCUUACGGCAGGAACUACUUGGCAUUAUUUGCUUUCUUUACCGAACAAGAUCGCUGUCGCCUUAGAAGCCAAUCUAGAACAAUGCAAGAGAGCCAUUGAAUAAGUAGUGUUUGACAUAACUUUGAAGUAUUUUCAAGUCUGCAAUGAUAAGGGAGAACAUGAAUUCCUAUGGUUUGGAGUGUUCCUUGACUUUGUGUUUGGUUCCCACUUCACCAACCAAUGUAUUUUGUUGCAGUGUCAGCACCAAAGGAACAAAGAGAUGCCCCACAACAUGAAGACUAGAUUCCUACAUCAUGGUUCAGAGAUUCUAGGGGGUUCCAUAUUUGUUGAUUUUCGAGGGAUUUGGUGUUAUACAAGGUAAGAUUUUUAGCAUUGUCAAAUUUUUUUGAGUGUUUUAUGGUGUGAAAUUCAAUUCUUGUUCGGUUACUGACUUCAAAUCUGGAACAAUAAAAGUUAACUAUUCUAUAAUUGGAAAUCUAAAUGCAAUUUGAAAUUCUUAAUCUAGAAUUUAUACUAGACAAUGAUUGAGUUAGGUUCAUACUCCUUCCGUUUUUAGAUUACUUAAAAUAUACUCCUAUUAAAAUGGCUCAAAGCCAAUGAAGUGCUUAAAGGUGUUUUAGAAAUGAGGGCCCUAUAUUUUUCAUAACCACAAAAAUGCAUUAGUUAUUAUGUCGAAAAUCUUAGAGUCGUGUAGAGUAAGACAAUUGUAGUAUAUUCACAACAUCUAGUUGAAUAUAGUAAAAGAAUAACUAUAGUGUUUAUAGGGAAAAUUAUCUACAUUUUGCAAAGUGGAUUCGAAUAUUCGAAAAUUAUCUACAUUUUGCUAAAAGAAUGAUAAAUAAAAUAUCAGAAACUGAAUGAAGAAUUAUAUUUUCAUGUAUUAAUAACAAAUAAUUACUGUGGUAAUAUUAUUUUAUUUAAUUAUUGUGGUAUUAUAUCAUAUUCUUUUCAUCUAAUAUCAUUUCGUGGUACAAUCAUAC